AUGUGCGAUAAAAUAUGUUUUAAUCCGUGUAACGAUAAGGAAAUCAAUUAUCAAAAAUUGGUGGAUCCAUUUCCUGUCGGUCAAUAUGAUAUAUUUAUGAGUGAUGCGAUACAAAGGGAUUAUUUGAAAACUCAAAAGCUUAAAUAUCGAGAAGUUAAUAAAUGUUGUGGGCCGAUGAUAUCAAUUUGUCCACCGCCGCCGAUACAAUGUUGUAUUCCAAUGCAAAUAAAAAAAGAUCCUCCUCUACUUCCGCCAUCACUUCCUUCUUCUUCUUCUUCUCCUUGUGAACCGGAAAUGAAUCUCUACGUUCAUCUCGUACUUCCCAAACAAGAAUAA